AUGGAUUCUGCGACGCUAGCGAGAAGGCAUACGGAGCCUGGCGUUUAUAUUUGUUCAACAGACCCGAACAGGCAUACGCAUACCGAACUUCUUUUCGCCAAGUCCAAGGUAGCACCUCUAAAAACACAGUCUAUACCACGACUCGAGCUAUGUGGCGCCCUGCUCCUAACAUCCUUAAUUACCACCGCCAAGAAAGCACUACAUGUGGAAAUCCACAAUACCACCUUGUGGACCGAUUCCACCAUCGUAUUUAACUGGUUACGAACUUCUCCACACCUCCUCAAAACAUUUGUCGCGAAUAGACUGUCUGAAACUCAUGUCAGACAAAAACGAAUAAUAAAGACUGGUGGCAUGUCCCGACAUCCGCCUGAAGAGUUUCUCUGGCCAUCUAUCUGGCAUCACGGUCCAAGGUGGCUCGCGGGUAAAAAACAUCUCUGGCCAACCAACGAAUUGGCCCCAUGCGACAUCAUCGAAGAACAAAAGACGGUAACUUGUCUAAAUGCAACUCCUGUAGACACGAGCAUUUUCGACAACUACUCAUUGUGGGAAACAAAUACCGAAAAGGGCAGUCUGACGGUAUCUGAACUCAGGGAUGCUCAUAACAUCCUGAUCAGAACGCUACAAACUCUAUAUUUUUCCAACGAAUUACGACGCAUCUCCAAAAAGGAACCUGAAGUCGGGGGAAAAUUGCAACGUCUCAACCCCUUCGUUGACAAGGAUGGGAUAUUGCGAAUCGGAGGACGACUAAAAAACUCAUUAAUCCCAUUCUCACAACGUCAUCCCAUUGUCUUACCAAAAUCACGUGUAACUGCGUUAAUCAUAGAAUCCAAACACCGUACUCAAUUGCACGCCGGCGCUCAAAACACCUUAUACGCCGUCAGGCGCAGGUUCUGGCCCAUCGACGGCCGAAGCCAGGUAUGGAGCGCCAUACAGACCUGUUCACGCUGUCUCCGAGCACAGCCGCCACCUGUUAACUACAUAAUGAGUAACCUGCCCGAAGCAAGGGUCACCGAAUCCCGGCCUUUCACAAACACUGGUGUCGAUUAUUGCGGGCCAUUCUACAUCAAAGAAAGAAGGCAUAGAAAUCGGACUCGCGUCAAGGUUUACGUGGCGGUUUUUGUCUGCCUUUCGGUCAAGGCCAUUCAUUUAGAACUCGUUAGCGACCUUACAACCGAAGCUUUCUUAGCCGCACUUCGAUGUUUCAUGGCUCGACGGGGGUUCUGCAAAAAUCUAUAUUCAGACAAUGGGACAAAUUUCGGCGGGGCUUGCAACGAAUUGCGAGAGAUACACGAACUCCUAAAGUCAGACGACCAUAACCAGAGAGUGAAGGCCUUCCUAGCGAACCGAUCCAUUGAGUGGAGUUUUAUCUCACCCCACGCGCCACACUUUGGUGGCCUGUGGGAAGCAGCGGUCAAGGCCUUCAAACACCAUCUGACCCGCGUCGUAGGCACUGAAUUAAUCACUUUUGAAGACCUAAACACGUUAAUCAUUGAAAUAGAAGCAAUUCUGAAUUCGCGUCCUCUAACGCCCAUUUCUACCGAUGCAAAUGAUCUCCUCGCAUUGAUACCUGGACAUUUCCUUAUUGGCGAUUCCCUCACGAGCCUGCGCGAGCGCGAUUUUACAGAUACUCCCACCAAUCGUCUGUCGAGCUGGCAGCACGUCCAACAGAUGAAGCAGCACUUCUGGAACCGUUGGCAUCGGGAAUAUUUGAACGAGCUGACCCAGCGCAAUAAAUGGAGCAAGGGCAGUCAUUCGAUCAAGGAGGGCACACUCGUCCUUCUACGAGAGGAUAACAUUCCUCCCAUGCAAUGGGCUCUAGGCAGAGUAACAAAGGUCCAACCUGGCUCCGACGGUAUUGUUCGUGUCGCAACCAUUAAAACGGCCACAAACAUACUUGAUCGGAGCACGAAAAGGCUUGUACCCUUACCAUACAACCCCACUGAAGAGGACCUCAACCACGUGGACCCAACAUCCAUGGUCGCAGCUGACCUACCAGAAAUUCAGCAAAACAAUUUAAAGAACCUUCAUCAUGUAACAUGUUAA